CGCUCACAGGCAUCCUCGCACGUCACGGUCAUCUAGACAAAGUUAAACAAUGUGCGAAAUUACGGCUCAGUGGACCCGGCGUUUCCAAACCACGGGUGUAAAAUAUCCCGACACUGUCAGUACAUACUGGAGGAUUUUUACUGUGUAUUUCCACCUUAAAGCUCUAUUAGCCAAAUAGAGCGGGCGAGUGUAAUUGUUUAAAAUCUCGAAGUAGCUUUUUAAAGAAAACGCAUCUUCCACUGUGUAUUGAUAAAUAUAUGGCUAUGGCCUUUUUUAAAGUAACAUUAAGUAUUAAGCAGAAUUCAGUGGCACGCCGAACAGCUUGCAGGAGUGCGGUUCACAUUAGGAGCGCCGGGGCUUGUGCCGCGCACUCUCCAUGCACAAGCCGCAUGUGCGCGUUCGCGUCGAGAUACCGGCUGGAGCCGGUAUAAAAAAAGGAGAAUCCGAAAGACACAUCUCGUUCACUUAUUGUAUCCCGGGCGGCGGCGGGGCGGACGCUGUGUCCUAAAUGUCAUUUUUUUGAAUUGUCAGCGUAACAGAAAUGCAAUGAUCUAGGUAGCAGAUACCGCUGGAGAACAGUUCCGUAGCACAGAAGAGAGAUGAGCUCAGUGGACGCGUGGCCAGGCGCAUAGUUACACAGCGGAAGGUUUCUUUUCCCAUCAUUUUUAUUUUAUUUUAUUCACUUCAGCUGGACUGACCAACCUUCCACAGCUGCUUGGUCCGUGGAACAUCUCAGCCAACCAUGAAAGCAUGGAGAUCGAGGGUGACGGGCUGUCUGGGGCCGAACGUGUACGUCCAGGAGCCAGAUGGGGGCUGGGGCUGGGUGGUGGCUGGGGCUUUCUUCUUCGUGGAGGCCUUCACCUACGGCUUCAUCAAGAGCUUCGGCGUCUUCCUGCCCGACCUUAUUAGAGACUUCGGCGAGAGCAACAGCCGCGUGUCCUGGAUCAUCUCCAUCUGCGUGUUCGUCAUGACCUUCACAGCACCGCUCUCCUCAGUGCUGACAGGCCGGUUCGGCUAUCGGCUCGUCGUCAUUGCCGGAGGUAUCCUUACCUGCCUGGGCACCAUGGCGACCGCCUUCACCAGCUCCAUCAACCAGAUGUACGCCACCAUGGCCAUAUCAGGCCUCGGCUACUGCCUCACCUUCCUGCCGACCGUCACCAUCCUGUCGCUGUACUUCAGCCGCCGGCGUUCGCUCGUCACCGCCGUCGCUUCCACAGGGGAAUCCUUUUCCAUAUUCGCGCUCGCUCCAGCUUUUGCGGCCCUGAAGGAGCACCUGGGCUGGCGCUACUGCCUCCUGCUGGCCGGGCUGCUGCAGUCCAGCCUUGUGGUGUGCGGGGUCCUGCUGAGGCCCAUCGUGCUGAAGCCCAAGGGCGUGGAAGGAACCGGCCCUGAGGACCCCUUGACGGGGCCACUGGAGAACGAGCUCACCUGCACCCUGGAGAACGAGCUCACCUGCACGUCUGUCAGCUCUGGGGAUUCGGGCCUCCAGUCCAUGUCUGCCUCCUGUCCCACGCUAGCUGUGGAGGAGAAGUUCCUGCCCGCAGAGGAGGAGGUCCCUCUGAAGCGGGCCGAGGGCCUCCAGGGGGCGCCGAUGUCGGCACGACCGCGGCUGCUGGACUUCUCCACGCUGCGGGACGGCGGCUUCCUGUGCUACGCAGCCUUCGGCCUUUUCGCCACACUGGGCUUCUUCGCGCCGCAGCUGUACGUGAUCCCGCUGGGGGUGAGCCGGGGCGUAGCCAUGGAGCACACCGCCGCCCUUCUGUCCACCAUGGCGGUGGCCGAGGUGCUGGGCCGGCUCUGCGUGGGCGUCCUGCUGGGCCGGCUGCCCGUGCGGAAGCUCUACGCCCUGGGGGUCUGCGUGGCGGCCCUGGCUCUGGUGCUGGCGGCCUUUCCCAGCGCCGCCGGCUUCUGGGGCCUGAGCACCUGCUGCGCUCUCUUCGGCUUCCUGCUCGGCACCGUGGCCUCCACCCACAUCCCCAUGCUGGCCGAGGACGACGUGGUGGGCGUGGAGCGCAUGCCCGCGGCCGUCGGCGUCUACGUCUUCAUACAGAGCUUCGCCGGGCUGGCAGGACCGCCUCUGGGAGGGUUCCUGGUGGACCUCACACAGAACUACGGCUCGGCUUUCUACUCGUGUGCGGCCGGCAUGGCACUGGGAGCGGUCUUCCUGGGGUGCGUGUUGCCUGCCAGGAGGGCCACCUGCCUACCGGGGCCCCCCCGGGCCGAAGACACGCCCAGCAAGGACGAGGCCCUCCAGGAUGCACCUGUGGACUUCGUGGAGCUGGACCUGGCGCCGGACGCCAGCCCGGCCGAGCUGGAGAUGAGCGAGAUCGGCACCUGGGGGGGGCGUCUUAAUACCUCAGGGGCGGACGCUGCUUCCCGUGAACAAAUGAGAGCGUGCGAUGCUGUGCGCUGUAGCACAGAGACUGCGCGCAAAGGUCAGCUGACUGCGUGCGAUGCUGAGCGCUGUAGCACAGAGACUGCGCGCACAGGUCAGCUGACUGCGCGUGACGCCCGAGACAACGUCACACUAUGAACCAAAGACACGCUGUCUUUAGACCUCAAGACGCACCAGGCGGCGCAGACGUCUGCAGGACGGCGGGAGGCGGGUUCAUGUAGUGCAGACGAACACAACCUCGCCCAUUCCAUGCUGCUCCGAGCUGAAAUCCCACCACCAUAAGCCCUUAUUACAUUCUUUUCCCAGUUUUUUUGUCUUAUAAGCGACAGCGUUUACAGAGAAAAGACAAACCUGUUUUAAGUCGUAGCCUGCAGGUGCAGCAGGAAACGGUGGAUUAGAGUGAGGCUCACACUAGGGUCUUGGCAUUCCGUACAGUCUUGAAUGAAGUUAUUUUUGUCAUCCUGAGGAGUCUUGAAUGAUUUGGGGUUUUUCCUUUUUUGUGUGUCUUUGUACAUGUAUUUAAGCGUCUCCGGGGGGCACCUUCCACGGGAUGAUGUCCUUGCUAUUGAUAUCAGCAGCACAUGGCGAGGUGGGGGGGGAAGUGGUUUUUGUCACCCGUUUUCCUGUUUACAAACAGUAAGCCACAGUGCCGUGAUUUCCAUGCGGGCAAUAGCCACGGCCUACUUGUGGGUCCUCAGCUAUGCGAGGUCACCGAGAACAACCUUGAGAUGCUGGAGCUUUGCUCUCACGACGUGCUGCUAGAUGGACCCGGUUUCAUCUGCAGGGGCGUCUGCAGGAAAUGAGUCGGGUGGCUAUGUACGCCGACAUAAAAAGGAAUAUUUUUACGCUCCGACCUGCUUCGGAGCUGGAUGUCCCUGUCCAUCAUAGCGACGGGGGUAGAUGUAGGGGCCUGUGGGGGGGGGGGCACAUCCACACGCACAAAGAACCACACAGCUCCUCCCAUGACGCUGCUCGUACACAGAACCGUGUCCCCGUAUGGGUGCAUUUCCACAGACUGAUACGAGUGACACGCUUUAAAUUACUUUUUUUAUUGUAAUAAUUUUUUUCCAAAUCCACUCUAGCAUGUGCAAUCUGCAUUUUUAGGUUUUUUUCCACAGUAUGUCCAUUGAAAUUGUUUCCAACAGUAAAUAUAUUUUUUGCACUGGAAAAAAAAUCUGUAAAAUAAAAAGUGGCACGAUCCACA